CCCUUCACUCCUCCAUCUGGCUGUCAAAGCGCCUCAAUAACAAGAUGCAAAAGACUCAUUAUAUUGUGUGAGGGCUAAAACAGUGACAUUGGACUUGAACUAGCAUCUUUUGGUUGUGAAGGAAAGGUUGAAGGCCUCACUUGAUGCCUCCACGUUCCCCUUCUCUCUUCUUCACUGAUUGACCUACAACUCUGUCCUCCCUUUGCAAUCCAAUUUGUUUUCCUUCUUCAUCCCUCCUUUCCUUCACCCCGAUUUAAAGUAACAAGAUUGCAAAUGUUGAGCUUGAGUGUGAGCCACCCACACAUAGAAGCAACCUCUACCCCUGAAUUACAGCCCUGCCACACCUCCAGCUCUAUGUAAUCUCCCUCAGUUAACCACAGAGAGAAAGCUGAAGAGGCAGCGAAAGCUGCCACUAAAAUCAAACUUCACAGGAUUUAAAAGCUAAGACAAAAAGUCAAGGAAAGAAUACAAUGGCCUGAGAGGCAGCGGGAACUCUGGAUAUAUUUCUUCAGUCGUCGGAGUCGAGGAGUUUCAAGAGGGCUUUCAGCCUUUGCUGUUCCUGUCGCUCAUCAUGGUGGACCUGUUCCUGAACCAAGUUCUGGUAGAGAAUAACUGGGACCAAGAUGAACUCAACACAGAGCGUGAGAUCACCGGGAUCCUGGAAAACCGCAUCCUGAUGCUCUUCUUUGCAUCUGCUGAGUGUGAAAAGUGCCAGAAGUUUGUCACUGUCCUCAACGACUUUUUUAAGAGGCUGAAAGACCCGUUUUUUAUCGAAUACCCCAAACUGCUGGCACUCAUCUACAUCAGUUUGGAUCAAUCAGAGAAGCAGCAAGAACGAUUUCUCAAAGAGCUGCACAAAAAGGUUUUGUUUUUGGGCUUUGAGGACCCGUACAGAAAGGAGUUGCAAACCAUGUUCAAGGUGAAGGACGUUCCUACAGUGCUGGUCCUCCGUCCCGAUGGCUCGGUCCUCUCUCCAAACGCUGUGCAGGACAUUUGUCUCUACGGCUCUGACUGUUUCCAGAACUGGCAGGAAUCGGCGGAGCUGGUCGAGAGAAGCUUUAUGCUUAAUGAGGAGUUUGAUAAGCUGAACCUGCGCAGUGCCACUGAUCCUAUCAGAAGACUCAAGUACAAGACGGAGGACGACAAGAGGAGAAAGAGAUGGUGGAAGUUGUUGGGGAAAGCCAAGGAGGAAGAGGAGGAGGAGGAGGAGGAGAAGGAGGAGGAUUGGGACAAGAAGAGCAGUGACGGAGACAAAGGAAGAUGGAGAAUAAGAUGAAGGACAAGGAUGACAGAUAAAAGUAUAAAGGCUCACACUCACACUGAGUUUAGUAAACAUGAAACAGCUUCUAACCAGGAUCCAGUUUUCUCUGUCUGCAGAGGCAUAAAACACAUGGUAAAGUCCCUGCCCAGCCACAAUGUACCUCCUAGACAGGGAAUUAUACAUUAUUAAAAUAUCCAUUAUAAAAAAAUA